UGGCAUGGCACUUGACCUUUCCUCGUUUCACCCACAGUAUUUAAACUGGUGCAAAGGGAACACACUGGCAAGUGUCUUCUGUUGACAUGACAGAUUCUCCUGGUAAUUCACACAAUGUUCAAAAGGCACAAGUCCCUUGCUUCAGAACGCAAGAGAGAAAUAUUUUCCCGAGGAGCUACACGGUCCAUCCUGAAGAAUGACUUGAGAAACUUCCACUGUUUGUCGCAUUUUGUGCUCUCAGCGGGCCCUCUAAAAUCAAUUCCAGUAGUUAAACAUUCAAAAACUACGCACUUUGAGAUUGAAGUACUUGAUGCUCAAACAAGAAAGCAGAUAUGUAUUGUGGAUAAGGUGAUACAAACAUCUACUAUUCAUGAUGUUAAACAAAAAUUCCACAAAGCGUGUCCGAAGUGGUACCCUUCUAGAGUUGGCCUGCAGCUAGAACGAGGUGGGCCCUUUUUGAAGGACUACAUAACCAUUCAAAGCAUUGCAACUUCCUCCAUUGUCACUCUCUAUUUUACAGACCUAGGUCAACAGGUCAGUUGGACUACAGUAUUUUUGGCUGAAUACACAGGACCUUUGCUGAUAUAUCUCCUCUUUUAUUUGAGGAUCCCAUACAUAUAUGACAUGAAAGAGAGCUCUAGAAGAUUGCGCCACCCAGUGGUACAUGUGGCUUGCUUCUGUCAUUGUAUACACUAUAUCCGCUAUCUUUUGGAAACCUUAUUUGUCCAUAAAGUUUCUGCAGGACAUACACCUUUGAAAAAUUUGAUAAAGGGCUGUGCCUUUUAUUGGGGAUUUACUUCUUGGAUUGCCUACUAUAUUAAUCACCCACAGUAUACACCACCAUCAUUUGGAAACCGGCAAGUCACAAUAUCUGCUAUCAAUUUUUUGAUUUGUGAAGCUGGAAAUCAUUUCAUCAAUGUAAUUUUGUCUCAUCCUAAUCACACAGGAGUUAAUGCCUGUUUUCCAAGUCCAAAUUAUAACCCCUUCACAUGGAUGUUUUUUCUGGUUUCAUGUCCUAACUACACCUAUGAGAUUGGAUCAUGGAUUAGUUUCACUGUCAUGACACAAACACUGCCAGUUGGGAUUUUUACACUUCUGAUGAGUAUCCAGAUGUCUUUGUGGGCACAAAAGAAGCAUAAGAUUUAUUUGAAGAAAUUCAAUUCUUAUAUGCAUAGAAAAUCAGCCAUGAUUCCAUUCAUACUGUAGUAAAAAUAACUUAUCUCAUGUAUAUAAAAAUAGUAUAUAAAUUCACUAAAUCAAACUUGGUCAAUAGUUGACUAUUAUGUAACAGAAAUUCAAAACAAACAGUACUUUUAUUGAAUAAAAAUAUUAAAUGGUAGAUUCUAGCUAACUUUAGAGUAGUAAACGAGGCAAAUAAAAAGUAGAAACUGUAGAUACGACUAAUAAAGGAUACAUCCAAAUAUUUUCAAGGGAUUGGUCUUUGAACAAGAUUUUCUUACUUCAUUAAAUGUUUCAUAAUACUAUCUGCUUAAGACAAUUAAAAUAUCUGAAUUAUAAACUAAAAAUUUGUGAUUUUAAAUCACCUGAAUUUUACACAUUUUGAUGGUAAUUUAUUAUUUUCUUUAUUGUUUAGCAUGUUAUUGAAAAGUAUAAUAUGUCACAGUAGUAUUUCAAUUUCUAGUGAAAAUUCUACCAAUAUUAAAAGUGAAACAUUAUUUCUCAUGAAUCAUAUUUAUUUAUUCAUAUAUACAUUGUAUGUUGUCAUUCUGAAACUAUAAUAAUUAAAAAUAUCUUCUAGACAUUAUUUACUAAAUCAUUUGAAUAUAUACUUUGUAUCAAAAUAUAUAUUUAUAUUUACAUAUAAAUUAUAUUUAUAUGUAAAUAUAUAUUGAAUUAUGUAUACUUCAAAUGGACUAUAUGUGAUGACAAUACAUUGGAAAUUUUUUUAAAUUAAGAGUGGAAAUAUUUUUUGCUUUAUUUUUACAUAUUUAAAUUCCUAUGUCCUCUCAAACUUUGUUUGCAUAUAUGUAAGUAUGUAUGUGACUAUGCAUAUAUAUUUUGACAAAGAGAUGACUGGUGUUAUAAAAAUCAAGUACACAUUAGUUAAAAAUUUUAAAGAAAUUCUGAGUUUCCUUAUUUUUAAACUGGGAUUUUUUAGAUUGGUUAAUUUCUGCAGCGUUCUAAGUUUUACAUAAUCAAAAUAUUCUAAUUAAAGUUCUUAGAUUAUAUACAUAUUUGUAAAAUGUUCUUGGUAAAUGUAGGUAUAUAUACCUUCUGUGGGUGUUUAUCAUUAAUAUAUGUAGCAAAUUAUUCAAGAAAUAACAAAAGCACCCCUUUGAAAAGCUCUGUUAUCUUCCCUAAAUAUAUAGUAUUAAAAUAUCUCAGAGGAAGACACAUAACUUUAAUUACCUAAUACCUAUUCAGCAAAAUAUCAUGGACUCAUUUGAAAGUAUUAACAGUAGGUACUAUGAAUUAAACCACAUACACUGAAUGCAUCUACGUUAUCAACCACCUGUGAUAAUCAUCCCUUUGUUGAAAGACAAAGAGUAGUUUAUGUUUUCUUAACUGGAUUCAGACUGAUGCCAACUCAGGAACUUUGCAUAUUCUUAUAGGAUUAGAAGAUCUUUGACCAAUAAUUGCACUACUAGGCAUUUACCCAAAGAAUAUAAGAACACUAAUUCAAAGGGAUACAUACACUCUUUUGUUUCCGCAGCAUUAUUUACAAUAACCAAGAUAUGAAACAACCCAAAUGUCCAUUGAUUGCUGAAUAAAGAUGUGGUAUAUACAUACAAUGGAAUACUCUUCAGCCAUAGCAAAGAGUGAAAUCAUCCAAUUUGCAAUGACAUGGAUGGAGAUAAGGGUAUUAUGCUAAGUGAAAUAAGUCAGUCAGAGAAAGACAUACCAUAUGAUUUCAAUCCUAUUGGGGCUUUAAGAAUGGUGGGGGGAGACAUAGAGAGAGAGAGAAACAGACUCCUAAUUAUAGAGAACAAUCUGAUGGUUAUGGAAUGAGAUAGGCUAAGUAGAUGAUGGGGACUAAGAGGUGCACUUGUCAUGAUGAGCACAGGGUAAUGUAUGGAACUGUUGAAUUAUUAUAUUGCACACCUGAAACUAAUAUAACACUGUAUGUUAACUAUCUGGAAUUAAAAUUAAAAAAAAAACUUAAAACAAAAUACUUCCAUUUUUAUUACCCUAGGAUUUCAAAGCAGGCCAUAGGAUUUGUCCUUAGUGGACAAGAAUAAUAAUUGUUCUAAGUGGAUCAGUAGCUCAGCAGUCACACUGUUGCUCCUAAAGUCUCCUCAAAGGUGAGCAGAUAUGAUGCCCCAGCAAAUAGGAUACUGCACAAAUGAGAUGUUCAAGCAGCUAAGUUUAAUCGGAGAAAAACUUUUGAAAAUAAAAAAAUUUUUGCAGGUACAAUAUGUCUUAGCUUUUAUUUCUAUAUUUGGCAAAUGGAAACAUGUAAAAUCAUGUAAAAACAUGUAAAAUUUCUUCUUUGAUAACUGACAGAGCAAUAUAGAAUUGCCUACCAACCCUUCAUGAUUAAUAAAAACAACAUAAAAAUAGCAUUCUAAGUUAUAUUUUCAUGGCUAUUCCAAAGUAAUGUAUAAUUUCUCCAAAUGUCCUCUACUUUCUGAUUUAACAAUCUAAAAAAUAAUUAUAGACAUUAAACAAAAUCACAAUAAUUUGUUUAUAUAAUAUGCUGUCCCAAAUAUGUUUCUUUAUACCAUAGUCUCCCUGAGUGUCAAAAUUCUCACCUUAUAAGUAAAAUACACUUACAUCAUCAAAUUCUGAAAUUCUUGUGUAUUUUCAACAAUAGUGAUUUUUUUUUGUCAAGGUGAAGAUUCUGGGAAUAUAAAAAACUUAUACAUUCCCUGCUUUCAUAAAAAAAGGACAAAAGAGGCCCUAUUUCUGAUUUGAAUGAGGUAUGUAUAUACAUGAUCUCUUCAUAUAAGUGAUGUGAGUUUGGUCAAGGAGUUUUGUAGUUUGGGAAAUGAACACAUUUAAUACUAUCAGUAGCUAUAUCAAUUGGGAAAUAAUUCUAAGAUGUUGCCACUUCGCAACCAACUUUUUAUAAUCCAUUUAUUGAUGAAUUUGUUAAAAAACUAAAUGUCAGCUGUGGGCAAUCAUAAGAGGAAAAAACGGGAAUAUGUAGUUUCUGCUUUUUAUAUAGUUUACAUAGUUAGGACAUAACAAUUCAUUAAAAAUAUUUAGUAGAAUUAAUUGAAAUUAAUUAAAAUAAACAUACUAAAAAUAUUA